AUGGACGAACUUAUUGCAGGCGCUGCACUUACCACCGUGACAUUUGUUGGCAAAGCUGCGUUCUCUCAUUCCAUGAACUAUGUUCUCAGACAAGUCACGACCAGUAUGACCAAUAAUGUGGCGAGUAGAGUUACGAGAUACAUGCGAAAGGAAGCCUCUUCCUCUACUUCCAGAGAGGAGGAAAGCAAAGUUAUCUCUUCAAUUGUUGCCAACGAAGAUGAAUUAAAGCGUGCUAAAGAGAGUUUGGGACUUAGCAUUCGCAUGAUAUUACCAGCAAUCGAUUUAAUAGAAAUCAUUUCAGCACGUGGUAACACUACAUUACAAUCAACGGUUGAACAUGCAAAGCAAUUACAAAAAGAAAUCUUAUCAGUUGGAAAGAAACUUGACCCCAAUUUGAAUCAAGUUUCGGAAGGUUUAUCCGUUCAACAAAUCACUUUAGAUAAUGAAAUUUUAAUAAAAGAGAUUGAGAUACUUAUACAAAAAAUUGAAAGAUUUGUCCCAUAUCUCAACCUUAUAAUGACUACAAGUGGUGCUAAUUUAAAUUGGAGUUUGCCAAAUUCUGUUAGUCCAUCACGAUUUCUACAAUCUUCUAAUUUAUUAUCUGAAACAAAUCGAAAAUUUUCUAUCAAUAAGGAUAAACAAAUGCGUGUUGGAUCUACACUUAAGCUGAAAUUAUAUUACAUGUUUACAGCUUCAGUGAGACCAAAAUCUGUUAAAGACUUCACUUGGAAAGAAGAAUUUACAAAAUGUGAUGCUAGUUUAAAUAGAGUACAUUUAAACGAUGGAAGAUAUCAUGAAGAAUUUGAUGCGGGAGAUUUAAAGAAACAAAAAGAAACCAGAGCAAAGUUGGGUAAACCAAAUGAAAGUAUCCCAGGAAAAAUGCUUCGUAUCCCAGUGAGUGAUAUAUCGCGUUUGUAUUAUACCUCGUCUGGAAGUUUGUUGAACAUUGAAGAAUCAAGGUCUCCGGUUUUAGUACUUAAAGUUAUAAAAGGUUUAUCUAGAACUCGAAUGAUUAAAGAAAAUGUCGUAAAUGCAAAGGAUACAGACUCUAACCCUUUGUAUGUACCACCGAUUGCGGUUACGCCGGAGAAGCGUAAAAAGGAAUCAAAGUAUCAAGCGAACGCAGAAUUUUAUGCAUUAGAAUUAUUUCAAGAAUCAGAAAACAUUCCAAAUACUAAUUCGAAAGAGGAUACAUCAUUAAAAUAUCCCGAAACUCCAUCACCGAGGAAAAUACCCUUGCCUUUAACCCCUAAUGACUCAGCCUACCCCCCAACACCAACACCAAGAAGAGUACCUUUGCCACUAACUCCUACUCCUAGCGAGUCGGAAUAUCUUUCAACACCCUCGCCAAAAAGUCCUGUUGAAUCGAAAUCUACUUCGCGUAGAAAGAUACUUAUUGAAGAUGAUGAAGAUUCAACUAUAAGUGAUGAAUCAGAAAGUGAAGCAAAGAAAGAAAAUGCGAAAUUUGAGGUUUUUGAUAAUAAUGUUACUGGUACUAUUAUUCCUGAACCUUUAUCUCCAAAGACUUCAAAUAUGCCAGAGAACAAGGAUACCGAAUCUGAUGAGGAAAUUCAGAGUAGUAUAAAUACUUUGAGCCUUUUAGAAUUUCUCUUGCGUUUAAGUGCAUUAGAAGUAAGUGAACAAACAAGUCACCUUGAAGUAACCGAUGAGAAGCUCAACCUCUUUUUAAGAGAUGAAGAUUCAUCUGGGGCUUCACUUGGUUCACAAACCCCAGAAUCGACACCAUCUAAAUCAACUUCUCGUACUUCGGGUCCCCGUAGUACACCAGGCAAGUCAUCUUCAUUAUCCUCAUCUAGAAGAAUAUUAUUUAAGGAUGAUAUAAGGUUAAAAGAAGAUCUUAUGGACAGUCCGUUGACAAACAAAAUGUCAAAUUUGAAAUUAAAUGAAUAA